CAGAUCAUCCUCAACGGACUGAAAAAACCAUCGAGAAAUAUGAUAGCCUGCCACUUAGAUCAUGAACGUAGAUAUUGCGUGCUGGUAACUUCAGCACCAAGUUUCCGGCUCUAGCCUGAUUGCAAGGCAUACUGCAUACAUCAUCAUGCGCAAACUCUGUUUUCGCCGUCCAAUCCGUUUAGAAGCGCAACACAAUACAACCGUGUACAAACACUAUGGCAAUUGACCACAAGUCGUUUGUUGUAGACGUUCUUCAAGAUUCUUGAUAAGGCCUCGAGGCGGACGUCUCCGAGUUCCAAGGUAUAUUCUAGGUUGAACUGCGCAGUAAAUACGUGCAUCGAGGCCAGCUUAUUCUUAUCGAUUAACACCAAAGCUCCAGAGCCAUUCUUUGACGCUUAUACGAUUGAACCGAACCCACACAACGAAAACUCAGAGUCCAUGGAUACUCUUACUUCAACGGAGGCAGCUCUCCCCUCAGCAUAUCCCCGGGAUUUCUCGUUCUUCUACGACUACAGAACAUUCCUGGUUGAAGGAUACUUGUUCAAGUUUCCGAUUAACACACUUGCUAUCGAAUCCGACAUCUUCCGAACUAUGAUGGAGGUACCAGCACCUUCGCAGACCGAAGGGUUGACGGAUGAAAAUCCGAUUCAUCUUGAAGGUGUUUUGAAAGACGACUUUCGACAGCUUUUAAGAGUGCUUGCACCCCCACGGAGGUUCAAGGAGCCUGUUCCCAUCUUAACAUUUUCAGAGUGGACGUCUGUAUUGAGAUUAGCAGAUAUGUGGUGCAUGGACGUGGUCAAAGAGCAUGCCAUUUCGAACAUGAACAACCUAGCCGAUAUUGACCCUAUCGACAAGAUUGUGGUAGCAAGGAAGUACGAGAUCAAAGCUUGGCUGAAACCCGCUUUCAAUGAUGUUCUUCAACGUUCCAAAACCUUUACGGAGGACGAUGUAGAACGCUUAGGUGUCUCUACCCUUUUGCAACUCGUAGCACUUCGAGAUCGACUCCAGCUAGUGAAGUCGUAUGAUGAGACUUCAUACAGUUUGAAACCACAGCGACAAGCUGUAUCUUUUGAUUUCACGCCAGCGAUAGAGUUGAAUUUACCAGAUUUCAAGGAUUCCAACUUGCACUCCCUGGAAUCAAAGAAAAGCCUGGAAACUUACUCGAAGAAGCCAAAGAAAAUUAAGGGUUCGGGAGUGGUUCCUGGUGGUUUCAGAACUACAGAUCAUUGCGAUUCGAUCCAUGAACUUGAAAGUCACACUUCCGGCUCAAAAACAGUCUUGAUAAUUCCAUUUUGUACCUCUUCUUCCUGGUGUCGACUGUAGGAAUGUACCGAAUCGAAGCACCCAAUUCAAAAAGAUCAUUCACGGCAAAUGGUAUGGUAGUACCACUUAAUAGGAAGUAGCUGCC